AUGAGAGGCUGCCCCUGGGAGGCCAAGCCUCCUCAGUUCUCCCAGCCCUCAGAAGCUUCGCAGAACCCCUACACCGUCAGUCUCAUCCCUCCUCAGCCCUCCUUGCCCCCACAGCCCCCUCAGAGCCCCCAUAGCCCUCACAAUCCCUGCAGAACCCCCACACCCUACCACAACCCUCACAGAUCUCCUUGCCCCUAUAGCCCCCUCAGAGCCCCCACAGCCCUCAGAACCCCGCAGAACUCCCACACCGCCCGUCUCACCCCUCCACAGCAUUCACAGCCCUCACGGCCCCCGCGCACGCGCCCCGCGCCUCACGCUGCCCCGCGCAUGCGCGCCCCGCUCCCCGGGGGCGCCGGCGGCUCGCAGGAGGAGGCGGGGGACAGCGGCGGGCUGCGGGCCUGGCUGGGGGCGCUGAACCCGUUCCCGGCGGGCUCUCCCCCGGGCGCCACGGUGUGGCCUUGGACGGGAGAGGAGGACCCGUGGCUGCUGGGGCUGUCGCGCUGGCAGCGGCUGGCGGGCAGCGGGCUGUGCGUGCUUCUGGCCGCGCUGUGCUUCGGGCUGGCCGGGCUGUGCGUGCCGCUGCUGCUGCUGCGCGCCCGCAAGUUCGCGCUGCUCUGGUCGCUGGGCUCGCUGUGCGCGCUGGGCGCCGCCGCGCUGCUGCGCGGGGGGGCCGCGCUCCUGGCCGCGCUGCCCGGCGGUGCCGCCGGCCUGCGCCGCCUCUCCGGGCUGCUCCGCGCCGCCGUGUGCGGCCGGGGCAAGGCUCUGCCGCUGUGAGCCCGACUCUGCCGCUGUGCUGUGAGCCCGGCUUGCUGCGAGCCCGGCUCUGCCGCUGUGCUGUCAGCCCGGCUUGUUGCGAGCCCGGCUCUGCCGCUGUGAGCCCGGCUCUGCCGCUGUGGUACGAGUCCGGCUCUGCCGCUGUGAGCCCGACUCCACCGCUGUGCUGUGAGCCCGGCUUGC